GGAGAGGGAAAGAGAGAGAAAGAGAGAGAUUGAGACCCGGAGACCCGGAGCCGCCGGAAUCUGGCUUGAGAGAGGCAGACGACGAGUGCCUAGGGGCCACCAGCGUUGAUGCUCUAUAAAGUAUGAAGAGAGCCUCUCUAUAGUGAAGGAAACAUGGCAGAUAAGAGGAAGUUACAAGGUGAGAUUGAUCGGUGCUUGAAAAAGGUGUCAGAAGGAGUGGAGCAAUUUGAAGAUAUCUGGCAGAAGCUCCACAAUGCAGCGAACGCCAACCAGAAGGAGAAAUAUGAAGCCGAUCUGAAAAAAGAGAUUAAAAAACUCCAGAGAUUGAGGGACCAGAUCAAGACGUGGGUUGCAUCCAAUGAGAUUAAGGACAAAAGGCAGCUAAUAGACAACCGGAAACUCAUUGAGACGCAAAUGGAGCGGUUCAAGGUAGUUGAGCGUGAGACCAAGACAAAAGCCUACUCCAAGGAAGGGCUGGGCCUAGCGCAGAAAGUGGAUCCGGCCCAGAAGGAAAAAGAGGAAGUUGGGCAAUGGUUGACGAAUACAAUAGACACCCUGAACAUGCAGGUGGAUCAGUUUGAGAGUGAAGUGGAGUCUCUUUCUGUCCAGACGCGCAAGAAGAAAGGAGAUAAGGAUAAGCAAGACCGGAUAGAGGGUCUAAAGCGGCACAUUGAGAAGCAUCGAUACCACAUCCGGAUGCUGGAGACAAUUUUGCGUAUGUUGGACAAUGACUCUAUUAAUGUGGACUCCAUCCGCAAAAUCAAAGAUGAUGUGGAGUACUAUGUGGAUUCCUCACAAGACCCCGACUUUGAAGAGAAUGAGUUCCUUUAUGAUGACCUCGACUUAGAAGACAUUCCACAGGCCCUUGUAGCCACUUCCCCGCCCAGUCAUAGCCACAUGGAGGAUGAGAUGUUCAACCAGUCCAGCAGUACGCCCACAUCCACCACAUCCAGCUCCCCGAUCCCUCCCAGUCCUGCAAACUGCACAACGGAGAACUCUGAAGAUGAUAAGAAGCGGGGAAGGUCAACAGACAGUGAAGUAAGCCAAUCGCCUGCGAAGAAUGGUUCAAAAAGCCUCCACAACAACCACCACCAGCUGCCUCCCACCAUCCCACCCAGCUACCCGAUGGGCAGCAGUUCCAGCACCUCCUCUUCACUGGGCAACGGGCCUGGCUCCAACAGCAACGGCGCCGUGGCUGGCAGUGGGAACGCAAGCAGCAAAGCUAACCCUCCGGCAGGGCAUGCACCCACCACCCCGACUCCUUACGCCCAGGCUGUGGCACCCCCGCCCACCAGCACCAAUGCCUCCCAGCCCCGGCCUCCCAGCACCCAGCAGAACGCCAGCAAGCAGAACGGGGCAACCAGCUAUAGCUCUGUGGUCGCGGACAGCAGUUCAGAAUCGACACUAAGCAGCGGCAGCCAGUCUUUGCCCAACCAGACGGCAUCGCACAACCCGCCCAGCGCUUCCACGAAAGAGCCCAGUGCAGCUCCUCAGCCACCGAGUGCUGGCAACAGCACUGGAUCCAGCCUCCUGGUGCCUCUGACUGCCAACCCUCCUGCCUCGCCGACACCCAGCUUCUCGGACAGCAAGCCGGCCCAAGCGCUUCUGAAUGGGCCACCCCAGUUCAGCUCCACACCAGAGAUCAAGGCACCUGAGCCUCUAAGUACGUUGAAGUCAAUGGCUGAGAGGGCAGCUAUCAGCUCUAGCAUAGAAGACCCAGUGCCAUCUCUUCAUCUUGCUGAAAGGGCUGAUAUCUUAAUUACUAGCACGACCUCCCAGCCAGCCUCUAACCAGCCCCCCAUCCAGCUAUCUGAGGUGAACAUCCCCCUUUCUCUUGGGGUGUGCCCGCUGGGGCCUGUGCCUCUCACCAAGGAGCAGCUCUACCAACAGGCCAUGGAGGAGGCAGCUUGGCACCACAUGCCUCACCCCUCCGAUUCAGAAAGAAUCCGGCAAUACCUUCCUCGGAACCCUUGCCCAACUCCUCCGUACCACCACCAGAUGCCUCCACCACACUCCGAUACCGUGGAGUUCUACCAGCGCCUCUCCACAGAGACACUUUUCUUCAUCUUCUACUAUCUGGAGGGCACGAAGGCACAAUACCUGGCAGCAAAGGCGCUGAAAAAGCAGUCGUGGCGCUUCCACACAAAGUACAUGAUGUGGUUCCAGCGGCACGAAGAACCCAAGACCAUCACGGAUGAGUUUGAGCAGGGCACUUACAUCUACUUUGACUAUGAGAAAUGGGGCCAGCGCAAAAAGGAGGGUUUCACGUUUGAAUACCGCUACCUGGAAGACCGGGACCUGCAGUGAUGCCCUGGGGCCAGCAGGGGGUGCCAAGCCUUCCUUCCAGAGACAGCUGCGGUGCGGCAAAGGAAGACCAGCUAAUAAUCCCUCACCUCACUCCAUCUUCCCCCCUCCUACACAUCACAACCCUAGGGGGGAAGGGGUGAGCCGCACGUUUAAAAAAAUGCAUGCAAGUUUUAAAGUGACCGCGGGACGGAGGAGGGGCAGCAGCAAUGGGAUUCUCCUCUGCCUUUUCCUUGCUCUCUCUGCCUGUCAUGUGUACGAAGAGGUCAGAAACAAAUGGGGAAAUAUCCCUUCGUGUGCACCAGGUUCGGGUGAGAGAGGAGAGAUUAAAAAUAAUAAUAAUUUGAGAAUCCUGCCAAAAGAGUGACUUACCCCAUCUCCAUUUUUGUGUGUAUCCUGUAUCAAAAGAAGCCAAGCCCUUACCCACUGCAGCAAAUUCAAGACAUCCUUUUUCCAGCCCUCUCUACAACUUGUUAGGGCGGGCAUCACACACCCUGUUUUGCUAACAUCAUAUCCCUCAGCCUUGAGAGCACAGGGCCUCCAAAAUAUCCCUUUCGCUGCUGGAAAUGUCUCGUGAUGAUGUUUCUCAAACCCUGGCCCAUUUGUCACUGCUGGAAAUGGCGAAACAACAAAUAAUGAAAUAAAUACAAUUGGAGCGCCAGCCUGAAGAGGGCCAUCUGCAAGAAAAUAUUUUGAUCAACUGGCACUAGUUUAAGAGCUGCCAUAAUUUUCGCCAUGUUUUAUGAGGAUAGGUCAUGUCCACUGGCCUUCCUCAUACAUUGGCUUGAAAGAUUCCUGAAAUUUCUUUUCCCAACUGGAACUUCGACAUAUAAUCUACUGACCCACCAGCUGCUGCUUCUCUCCUCCUUUCUGACCCUUUCCAAAAUCCCAUUGCCACCCUAAAAUUUGGUAUGAGCUCGUAUCUAAUCCGCUGCUCCUCCCACAGAGAGACCUUCUCCCUUGAUGACUUGCAAUUUAUUCCUGAUUGGAGGGGAAAGAUUUGGGGAAACCCAGGGAGGUGGGAAGACUGUGUUCCUUCCAUCUCCCCAUCCAUCCCCCUGAACUGGAGCACCCCACCCACGCCGCUGUUAAGAUAUUUUUUCGUAAGCCUAUUUUCGUUUUGGAAAAUAUUUAUGAAUAAAUAGUUUUAUAUGAGUGUU